GUCCGGCUUGUCUACAUUCUAGAGAAAUGGCUAUUCUCAUUCUUACAACAUUAGCAAGAAAUCUUGAUGUAUAGCAACUAAUGUGUUCCAAGGGCGGAUUUGUUCUAUCGAGACUCGUCGCUGCACUGUUUUGUGCUAUACAAUAACAUGAACUUAAAGGUUGCGUUUUAGUUGGUCUCUAAUUUAUAUGUAACGUUAGUCUUAGUUUUGCUGUUAGCCAGCUACCUAACGUUAGCUGCCAGCUCGCUAGCGCGUUAGCUGCCAAGCUGAGAGACCGAGCCAUCGGUCAUCUAGCUGCUGUUCGUUAGAGUCUGUUCAUGAGAAAUAAAUAGGACACCAUACCAAAAGAGAACUGUCUUUUUGUUUCAUUAGAAGAUAAUUGGCCGGGUUAAUUGACCCGCUCCUAAAUGCCCGAACAAGGCCCUAGGAUGAAUGGGUUUUCUCUCGGCGAACUAUGCUGGCUGUUCUGUUGUCCGCCUUGUCCGAGUCGCAUCGCGGCCAAGCUAGCUUUCCUCCCACCGGAGCCCACGUACUCGGUGCACGCCGAUGCUAACGGGGUAACUAGCUUACAUUUAACCGAACGGGCGGACUGGCAGUACUCUCAGCGAGAGCUCGAUGCAGUGGAAGUGUUUACCACCAGAAGCAGUCGGGGUAACCGGGUUGGGUGUAUGUUUGUGCGUUGCGCCCCGAACAGUCGGUACACGCUGCUGUUUUCCCACGGUAACGCCGUGGACCUUGGGCAGAUGUGCAGUUUUUACAUCGGCCUCGGCUCCAGGAUCAACUGCAACGUGUUCUCCUACGAUUACUCAGGCUACGGAGUCAGCACCGGCAAGCCCUCUGAGAAGAACCUGUAUGCGGACAUCGAGGCGGCCUGGCAGGUCCUGAGAAACAAGUAUGGUGUACCACCUGAGAACAUCAUCCUGUACGGUCAGAGUAUCGGCACUGUGCCCACUAUCGACCUGGCUGCUCGCUAUGAAUGUGCUGCUGUCAUCCUCCACUCCCCUCUCAUGUCAGGGCUACGGGUGGCCUUCCCUGAUACACGCAAGACCUACUGCUUUGAUGCCUUCCCCAGUAUUGACAAGGUGUCCAAAGUGGCGUCCCCGGUGCUCGUGAUCCACGGCACGGAAGACGAGGUGAUUGACUUCUCCCACGGCCUGGCCAUGUACGAGCGCUGCCCCCGUGCCGUCGAGCCCCUGUGGGUGGAGGGAGCCGGCCACAACGACAUUGAACUGUACGCCCAGUACCUGGAGAGACUCAAGCAGUUCAUCUCCUUUGAGCUUCCCACCUCCUGAGGGGAGCUCAGCACUCAGAGGCCAGGGUUCAUCUCAACACACUCAACACAGAAGCCGCCUCCUUAUCAUCUCCUAACUUCCUCCCUUAGCAUAGGGGCAGGCCUGGAGUCGGCUGAUCACUGUUCUGCCCUGUCCUCGGAGCCAUUUCAGGGUGGAAAUGUGUAGUGGACCGGAAGAGGAGGGGGGGUUUAGAUUGUUGAGGUGCAGCCGAGAGUCAGUGGCCAUCACCGGCCAGGAGUGAAGCUUUGGCUUAACGUACAGUCCCCAAAAACCUGGCUGGUGCUUCUACACGUGGACACAGUUUGCCAAUGAGCCAAGGCCUAGGCAGCGUUUGCACUCGCAGCUCAGUCUGGAUUAAUUUCUCAACUCCAGCUCUCCUUCCCUUCCUCUACUCACUCCGUCUCCCUGAGCUUUUUUGUGCCAGUGUCUCUCACUGUCAACUUCUGUCACAUUUCCUCGUUCUUUUCCUCUGUUUCGCCCACAAUCCUUGCUUUUCUUUUGACCAAGUCUGCAAUGUUGAAGCUUGAUUUUUGUAUUCUUUUAUACCAGGUGAAGAAUUAUCAAUUUUGCACCUUGAGAUACACUUGAAGUUUUUUACUUUUUCUGUAUUUUUAAGUUAACAUUCAGGGGUUACAUACCGAUUGCACUUUUAAUGUGCAGAUAUUUUCAGGUAAUGAUUUUUUUCUGUUUGGAUAUGUAUAUGUUGAUUUAGUUUAUCUGCAUUCCAUGUUUUUCUUAAUUGCAGGUAGAACUUUUUUCAAUGUGUGUUUGUGUGUGUUUAGAAGCUGUUAACCCAGAGUGCACCCCUGCACAUCUGGCCUUUUGUAGCUGUGAUCUUUCUAGUCCUCGUGCAUGCUACUCUCUCAUACAGGAAGACAAUAAUGCCAAACUUUGUUGAGAUAUCUCAAUUUACAAAAUGCUUGGCACACUGGUGCACUUCUGUAAGAAAAUGACUCAAGUCCUUGAAUACUUUGGAGCCAGUGGUAAAUUCACCAUACAGACAACAUUUUCAUUACUUACAGAUUUUGCCUGUUCACAAUAAUUGUACAGAUGAUACACUUUGAAAGGCUGCGGUAAGACCAAUGUGAACCUGAAGUGUUAAUUAAAAUACAUUGUGAUUGGUGGAACAUCUAUAUGCAAAAUCUAAUGCUGAAUUUACCAGAGGACCCCAACGAUUUGUAAAACACUUUAACAGGUCAUUGAGUAAACAGAUUUUAUCAACCUAUGUUGCAUAAAAACCCCUCUAGACAUCUGGUGAAGCCAAUGUUGAAGAAAAAAAUGUCCCCAUAACCCACAGUCUAAUUAGCGUGGUCAUUUUGUGCACAUUGUGUAUGCAUCAAAAUUCUUACUUAUCGUUUCUGUAAAUAUUGUAUCACACCAGGUGUGUACCUUGUCACUAAGCAACACAGCAAUGAAUAUCCCAAAUGUUUGGUAAUACAGAAGCUUACCUCAGUAGAAGAUAGAGCCGCGGGUUAACUGGAGAUCAUGUGGUAAUAAGACUUGACAACUGAUUCAAAGAGAAACACAUUUGACUCAGUACUGUAAAGUGAAGCCAUGGAGCACAGUGCUGGAUCUACCUGUAGACCGAAAACGCAGAACUUUGCUGUCGCUGGGUGUUAUCAGUCACUUCACACUACAAAUAAAGCCUUAUGUAAACAUUUCACCCAGUCCAGUUGACUACAGCAGAGCUUUGGUGGUCUUCACGGGGACUGAUAACUGCUGCUAUUCAUCAGAGAAAUCAUUCAGUCAAUCAUAGGGGUGUCACGAUUCUCCAAAUCCAAGAUUCGAUUCCAUUUUCUAUCCCCGUUUUUUUUAUUUAUUUUUUAUUUUUUUCCCCAACAGAGACGGCAGCAGUGCCACAAUAAGAGCCACAGAAGGGUACUUUGUAACAACAGUUGGAGUUUCUCAGAGUUUAUGAGGUGUAAUUGAAUGCACCAUUAGCGUUACAGGGUGCACAUAAAUGACUCAUUGACUCCCGUCUGAGCCAGGCCCCGAGGAACAGUGCUCAGCCUUGCAGCCCCAAAUGGAUUUUCCCCGAUACGCCACCAUUGUAAAAGAGGAACUGGAAAUACAAAAGGUUUAUUAUGACUCUUUCUUUUCUGAAUUUUUUAAUCCAUGACUUUUUAUAUUUGAAAAACUUCCCUAUUACAAUGCAAAGUCUAUGGGCCAGGCGGGGCUAGCGGGAGAAACACUACUGCGCAUAUUCAGUGGGCCGCAGAUCACGGAAGUAAACCCAGAAGCUUAGAAACUUUUUUGGCGUAUGAGCCAGGCGAGCAACUCUAUUAAACUGAAUAGGCAAUCCAGUAUCCAGUUAAUAUAAUACAUCCAUGGUCGUAGCCCACAUGCCUUACCUUCAUUGUUUGUUUCCAUAACUCCGCUAAGCUAACCUUACCCCGUGUCUUCAGCUGCAUGCUACCAACCGCUAAGCUAACGUUACCCCGUGUCUAUAGCUGCAUGCUACUAGCCGGUAAGCUAACGUUACCCUGUGUCUUUAGCUGCAUGCUACCAGCCGGUAAGCUACUGUGUAUUUAGCUGUAUGCUACCAGCUGGUAAGCUACAGUGUCUGCUGUUGUUUUUUUGGAUUUGCGCUAGUAUGUAGGGGUGGAGAGAGGAAAAAAAUCCUGGGGCAAUCGCCGAUCCUGCUUUUGAUUUCAAAAGUCUAAAUUUUAUCGAUUUUUCGAUCUUGAAUCGAAAUCGUGACACCCCUAGUCAAUCACUGUGAAAGCCAGACAGUUUGGGGAAUACUGAAAUGACAGCACGGUACUAAAACCAAAUUCAGCCUGACAACACUCAUGCCCUUUUGUCAGUCAUGGGCUACUACCAACACUUAUCUGCUGAGCCCUGUGAUAGUUUUGCUCUUAUCCCAGCUCGAACUCCAAAGACAAUCUGACAGAACCACGAUGGGGAAACGGAAUGCUGUGGGAAUUAAGCAACGCAUGCAAAUCACCUCUCAUAGUUGUGGACAUUUGAACUUGUAUCAACUGUAUUUGAAUCAUUUCUUCUUUCCCUUCCUUGCAAAGUCAAAUACUAAAAACUGUAGUAAAACACUAAAAAAAAAGUUAAUCACAUUUGGAUAAAACACUAAAAAAUGAAGUAAAUGCUGUUUUCAGAGAAGGGUUGUGUUUGAGGGUUAUUUGCAUAGCAAUUUGUGAUGAUCAUAUGAUUAAUCCGUGUAUUGCUGUAAAGUGGUUUGUCAGUUGAGUAUUGGUGUUUUCUGAUUAUAGCUAAUGCCGGGCCGAUGUUUUUGGAUAAAGAUCCCUCGAUCAUCUUUAGUAUUUUUUCCUCUAGCUCCGCUUUUUAAAGGGAAUGAAGACCCUGCUUUAGUCUUGAUUAUUGUUUUGAUACUGACAUUUUUUACGAGGUUUUCCAGUCUAAAUAUGAUCGAUUUACAGUCUCUGAGGCUGGUUUGUACGAUAAUCCUCUGUAAUGGUAUACUCCAAUAUCUUCUCUAUAAAUAUGAGCUCUUACACAGGGCAGUCUAGUCUCAUUGCUUUUAACACUGGAAUCACAAUAUGCAAAUGAAAGGCAGAUGAAGCUAGUAGAAUCAGAUUUUGGUAAUAUUGUGUAAAGCAGAUUUAAUAAGCCUUAAACAUGCCGUGAAACAGAUUGUCAUACAUGUGGUAGUUGCAAGAAGGCAGCACAGUGGAUGUUUUAAUGAUUAUAACGGAAUAAAGGAUGCAUGGAAGUGUC